GCGCGUUACACGGACUUCUCCUCGUCCUCACCUCCUUUAUGGUCACUGGAUAUGUCGUUCGUUCAACUUUACCCCCCCGAAAAUAACACACCAGGUUUAUGCCGGGCAAACAUCAUUAGAAUUAUUAUUCAUCGACGUUCGAAGACGACAAACGGACUUGGAAAAAUGACUAUAUCAACUGUCACAAAUUUCACAUAAAUGUAUAAUUAUUGACGCGAUAAUUAUACACACAAAUACAGUGUCCGGCAGAGGGAGCUGUAGACGACUCGAUGCGAGCGUAGGUAUGCGCUUAGCCGCGUUUGUUUCGCCGUUUGUUUGUGUCGCGUUUGCCGUUUACUCGGUGUACACCGGCGUUUCGUCCCUUCGACAACCCGGUGCCUGAGUCCGUGAUCCCCACUGAUCGGCCACAACCGCAGACGUCCCGGAGGACGGUGCCGAACGCAGAAAACGCGCAUAUCAGAUAAACAGAACUGGCAGUGAUAAUUGAUGGUAGGAGUGCGAUGGCGGAUGUGCAAAUGGAUAUUUACGAGGACAUGUUGUUCAAAGAGAUCACGAAAAAAAUGUACGGCCAAGACGCUGGACAAGAUGCGUACAAAAUGGUCGAGGAAGGAUUGAGUAUGAUGGACAACGAAACUACCGAGUCUUUUGGAGAAACGUCACAGCCCGAGGAGGACCCUUGGGUGACUAGUGACGAGACAAUAUCGUGGACCACGUCCAAGAUAGCCAGCUACAACGCGGAAAAGAAAUUGUUCAAGUGCCAAGAAUGCGAAUCUAUGGGCCUGCUGUCCAGCGUGGCCGAACAUUGGUUGGGCUCGCACGCUGACGUCAAAGUGUACCAGUGUCCGCAGUGUCCGUACGCGAGCGCGUGGGCCCGGUGCAUACGGAUGCACUUGACCCGGCAGCACAACGUGGUGGCUAAUCAAGGGGCCGAGGUGCGUACGCCGUGGAAGGAAAGCCCGGUACUGGAGGAAGUGUCCAGUUAUUUGGAACGGCUUAAGUCCAAAGCGGACGCCAACGAACCAGAAGAGUUUGCGAGUGGUGCGUCCGAGAUCAAAGAGGACGAACCACUGGUGGCUAUAGACACGGAGACGCAAACGGCUCAAAAGCGUUUUAACUGUGCUCACUGUCCGUACGCAACGGACCGCCGGGACCUGUACACCAGGCACGAGAACAUUCACAAAGAGGAAAAACCUUUCCAGUGCGACAUCUGCCAGAAACAGUUCAACCGGGCGGACCACGUGAAAAAACACUACACGCGCAUGCACCGCGAGUACGAAUACAGCUUGAGUCGGGUGAAACGGGAUUCGUUUAACAAAAUGAUAGUGCCGUCCGCUCAGAGGGUCACUCUGUACUCGGGCGAUCCUCCAUCCGAACCAGAUGCUCAAACGCAGCAACAACAACAACAACCGCAGCAGCAACAACAACAACCGCAGCAGCAGCAACAACAACCGCAGCAACAACAACCGCAACAACAACAGCAGCAGAUCAUUUUGUCGCAGGCCAUCGAUGCAACACAUCCAUCCAUUAUCACCGCCCCGCUCACACUGGACGACCAUCAACAGACGGUGGUCAACAUCGCUUUGGUCAACUUUAAUGAGCAAACCGGCACUCAUACCAUUCAGAUACCGAUACCUACCAACCAGAUAAAACCGGUGAUGUUCACACAGGAUCACACGUUGAUGACCGUGGAUUCCAUAAUCAAUCCAACCGCGACCACGGCCACCGUAACGGCGGCGGCAAGGCCCAAAGGCAAGGGCAGCAAAAAGAACUUCGAGAAGCGGUACAACUGCACGUUCUGCUCGUGGACCGGCGUGGACAACUGGUGCCUGAAACGGCACCUAAACACUCAUGUGAAACCGUAUGAAUGCAUGUUCUGCGAGUACAAAGCGGCCAGAGCUGAGCGACUGGCCACACACGUGUACAAAGUGCACAGCAAACGUAUGUGUUGCAGAUGCUCGUACGUGGCGCAUGACCAAGACGACUUGUACAGUCACCAAACCGAACACAACCACAAAAGUGUAAGAUCAAGACGGACUCAGACAUCACCUACGCCGUCUUCUCCUGAACACAGCGAAGAAACCGCCGACAAUAGCGAUGUGAUUGUAGUCUGGCCAGUAGAGUCUCAAAAUUCAAUUUCUAUAUAAAACAAAAAUAGAAACAAUUAUUUUUACUUGUGUGCCAAUGUCGAUGAUUACAGGGACGAACAUAAUGUACCUUGAAAAGUCACGAGUGCAGUGUAAAGUACAAGUUAUACUUACUAAAUAACAUACCUAUGAUAAUUUAUAAAAUUAAGACACGGCGCAUUAAAAAAAAAAAAAAGCUCGAGUUUUAUAACAUAGUCAUAGGGUUUAGGGGAGGUGGCACUAGGCUCAGAGACCAGAGUGUCACAAAUCAGGUGCUACUAUAGUACAAUUUUAAGUUGUUUGAUAUUAAUAGGUAAUAUGUUGGUAAUAAAUGUCAAUGGUCCUCGCCACAUCUAUAAAUGCGGUCCUGCUUAUAACCAAAUGUUAAGUUUUCAUUGUUCGUACAAAAAAACUGAAUAGGUAAUUAUUACAAAGAAUUAUUUGAGUGCCAACUAGUAGGACUAAGCGGUAAAAUAUAUUAUGGGUAAAUAUGUUUACUUAAUUUCGUUGGUUUGAGAUUACUAAGCGUAUAUGACAUGUUAGUAAGUAGAAAAAUAAAAACGUUAUUUUUUUAUUUUUUUACAGGGAUUGGUUAUUUUUUAAAUUAUUAAUUUAAGUAGGUAGUUCAUUUACCUACGCAACGAGUAAUGACCAUGGUUAAACAUUCCAAAUGACCUAAUCUAUACAUAAAUAUAAAAUAUCUGAGGAAAAUUAAAAAAUAUGCAUUAGCUAGCGCCGGCUGUUUUUUUUUUUUUUUUGUUAUU